GCACUUUUUUAGAACACGUCAUGAGGUAUGUAUUAAUUACCUAAAACAUGCGGGCUAUAUUUAGACUCGAGGAUCAAGCGUUUCAUCAUGUUAUGAAACAAUUGGAUAAUUAUAAAGAUGAAUACUCGUAUAUUGAAUAUUUGAAGAAUAGAAAAGUUCCUCCAGUAAUCUGUGAUAGAUUAUUUAAUGAACUCAAUGGUUUCUAUGCUGGCUUACCUGAUGAUGUCAUAAAAGUAUUUGCCAAUGAUGAUUUUCCACUAAACAAUAUUAGAUUUGGUGAUACUAACUUUAGAAAUGACGCGUCAAUUGAAUUUCUAAAAUGUCAUAAGCUCAGAGGUCUAACUAUAGAGAAUCUCGAGUUGACAACAAUUGAAGAAUUAUUGGAUCUUAUAAAUUGCGAAGAAUUGAAGACGUUGUCAUUUCAUCAUUGUAGAGAAGUUCAUCAAUUUGAAGAUGUGAAUAUCAGUGAAACGUCUAUCACUGAUAUUCGCCUAUUAAAAAGACAUGUCAACCUUGAACAUCUAGACUGUACUGAGCUUAUAGAUAACGCUUGUAAAAGUUAUAUCCAUCUUCAUUGUUUCGUCAAAUUAAAGAGACUGAGAUUUGGUAAUUCUUCCUCAAAAAUAAAAAAACUACAAAUGACAUUGAUAAAUCAAAUUAAUCCUCUAAUUAAAAAGUUUCUAACCAAAGAAGAAAUUGAGAAUUAUAACGAACUUCCUGAACGAUUUAAGUCAAAGAGAAAAUGGGAUUUAACUGAAUUUAUAGAAUUAUCCUAUUGGAAAGAUUUAUCAUUCAUCGACAUACUCGGUGAAUCGAUACCUUGUCCAAGAAGUGUUUGUAAUUUCAUCGCUAGACACGAAAAACUUGAAUUUGUUGGCUUAACUGAAGAAUUUCCAGAUAUUUUAGAACGAUCCGUAAUUGAACAUAAAAACGUGUAUAACUUAUUUGAUAUUUGCCAUUUUGAGAAGAUUUAUGGCAGAAAUGACAUGUCAUUUAAAAUUCUUUAUACAAAAAAAAAUUCUAAUAUUGACCUUCGUGAAAUUUGGAAUAGUAAUGAUAUUUCUUAUAACGAAAUGAGAAGUCCAGUUAUUUUUAGGAGAUUGGCAAGAAACCAUCAUGAUCAUUAUGUUAUAGAAUGCCAUUCGGAAUUAACAAGAAUUCUUGCGGAUGAAUUGGCGUUCGAAAAGUUUAGCUUUUACACUCGACAAACCUGCUUUGGUGAAACUUGUUGGAAUAUUCUUUGUACAGAUAUUGAACAAUCGGAAUGCAUAAUUGUUAUUGUUAAAUUGAUUGCCGAGAGAUUUUUACAAAGAGAUUUUUAUCUGAGUGAUCUAAAAGAUUCAUCGUUUAUGGAUUUACUUACGCAAUAUCAUAAAUAUUUCAAAAUGGCUACAAAUAUUAAUUAUAUCUAUCGCAAAAUCUUCGAUAUUCCUGAAAAGAAUAAAGAUGAUCUUGAUACAUGCUUCACUAAUUACAGUUUCAUGAAGAUAUUAGUUAUAUUCCUUGGACAACUGAAUUUAGAGCAGAUAACGAGAAACGAAUUGGAUGGUCUCUUCAGAGGAAUGAAGAGGAUAAAUAGAUUAAAGCAUUGGAAAGAAUCUCAAGAUUUACUUGAACAAUUACAUGUUACAAUGUUGCAGAUUAUGACAUACUGCUCAAAUAAGCAUGGAUGGGACCUAACUGAAUUAGAAAACUAUAUCGAGCGACGAUUGAUAAGAUGUAAGUUUAUAUGCACCGGUUCAACUUCAGUUUAUUUGCAGGAUGACAAUGAAUCGGAUGAUUCGUAUGACUAUAAUUCUGAGUAUUAUGUCAAUGGGGGAGAAGAGGAAGAAUAUGGAGAAGAAGAGGAAGAAGACUACGAGGAAGGAGACUACGAGGAAGAAGACUACGAGGAAGGAGACUACGAGGAAGAAGAGGAAGGAGGAGUCGAACAAGAAGGAGAAGCCGACGUAGAGUUUGAUGACGCAGAUGAGGAGGGAGAAUUCGAACAAGGAGAAGAAGAGGAAGGACAGGAGCAGGGAGGAUAUGAGCAAGAAGAGGAGGAGGAAUAUGAGCAAUUUGAAGAUGAGGAAGAAUAUGAGCAAGGAGAAGAGGAGGGAGAAUACGAGGAAGGAGAAGAUGAGGAAGAAUAUGUGCAAGGAGAAGAGGAGGGAGAGUACGACAAAGGAGAUUUUGAGCAAGGAGAGGAGGAAGUACAAGAGAUUAUAGUUAGAGGAGUACAAAUAGAAGUGAUUGAAGAAGAAGCCGAAAUUGAAGAAAUGGAAAGAGAAGAGGGAGGUGAGUAUAUAGAAAACAAUACUCACAAUGGUCAAUAUAUUCAAGAAGUGGAAGUCAGGGAAUUACCAUUAGACGGAGCCGAAAGUGAUAAAGGCGAUGUAGAAUAA